GGCAAUUGUUUUAAAAAUGCCAUCCCAAAAAGAAUUGGUGUCUUCUGUAAAAGAAAUCCUUAAAACUGCAGAUUUAGACAACCUUUCAGCAAAGCAAGUUAGGAAACAGCUAGAGAAGGACUAUGGGUGUGAUUUGACAGAACACAAGAAGUUUAUUGAUAAGACUAUCAUGGAACUGAUAGAUGAGAUGGAAUCGGGCAGUGAGGAAGAGAAAGAACCAGAAAUUAACAAGCGUGCCCCAUCUCCUCAACCAGAAAAGAAUCACAAGAAAACCAAACAGACACAAAGUUCUGACGAUGAUUCAGUGUCAUCAGGCUCGGAUACUGAACUCGAAACUACUGCCCCCAAAAGACCGGUCUCCAAGACCCCCGCCAAAAAACGUGGCAAAACAGCAAAUUCGAAUGAUGUUUCGAGUUUUGCACAAACGUCAAAUCGUGCAUGUAAAAAGAUCAACAACCGAGGUUCAAAAACAGAUGUGAGGGUGUCACCCGAAUUGGCAAAGAUUAUUGGAGCAGAAGUUUUACCUAUGUCAGAAAUAAGUCUCCGACUUCAUCAGGAAGCUCUGUCACGGCAAUUGCACGAGGGUUACGACAGAAUGUAUAUCGUCUGUGACGAAGACUUCAAAGCAGUUUUCGGUCAAGACAGAAUUAGGGUUUCCACACUGACAAAUCACUGUAAAAAACACAUCUUCAAGAUUGAGAAGGAGAAAACCGCCAAGGAUAAGUCCCGAUCAAAAAAUUCGAUGUAUAGCAAGAAGUUGUGGCUGAGUCCCACUCUAUCAGAUGUUAUUGGAUAUAACUAUAUGUCAAGACAUACGGUGGUUAAAGAGAUGUGGGCAUUGAUAAAAGCUCGAGGUUUACAAGACCCCAAGAAUAAGAAGUUUAUGUUGGUAGAGGAGGAUAUGAUGCCUAUCUUUAAAACUAAAAGAAUUCAGACUUUCGGAAUGAUGAAGUACCUGUCGGGGCACAUGUGCGCAGAGGAGAACGAGUUUGAGUACUCACGCGAGUACCCAGAGUACAAUCCCCCGGAAGAAGCCCCCAGUAACGGCUCCACUGAGGGAUCAUAGCGGGAGCAGAGGAGCUGGCGCGCGGUAACACGCAGUAACACGUGCGCGGUUACACGUGGUAACACGCGCGCGGUAACACGCGGUAACACGCGCGCGGUAACACUUGCUCGUGCGGUAGCAGCACACUCGUUUGUGUGGUGAUGGUGUGCUCGGUACUGUUCUGUAGACUGAUCAGGUUGUUGUUGUUAGGUCAGGUUGUGGAGUUGAUGGAUUGGUCCAGGAUGAAGUUGGAUGUUUGGGGGAUCAUCGUCAGUCGCCAUUUCUCCACGAGAUUUCAGAUUUAUAUACCCUUUGAGAAGGAUAAUGUCAUUGAGUUUACAUUUUAUAGAACAUUUGUUUCGGUAUCUUUCGCUAUUUAUACGAUAAAUACCACAAAGUAGAAAAUGGCGAUGAUCCCUCGUGUUACAGACUGAGAAAGGCUAGGAUACAGUCGGUUGUAGUUACUUUCGUAGCACCAGGCCGUUGUUUCCUCUCAGUGGCCAUUGAGCUAUAUUAUCAGUGCUGAUUUAAUGUUGGGAUAAUAUGUUUUAAAGUAUUAUAUUUAUAAGUUGAUUAUUCAAAAAUAUGAGACAUGAUCACAGGAUGUGUGCUUUAAUCCAAGAUUAUAUUUUUAGUUUAUUCCCUCACUUAGAAAUGACAUUUCUUGAUCUAUUUUAGAAUUGGAAGCAUUACACGGUACGUCCUUUCUUGGUUGCUUUAUAUCGAAGCCUUGCUGCAAAAACUAUCUACAUAAUAUGUAACUAUCUUUUCGGGCUCAUUUGUUCAAUUUUUGCACUAAAUUCAAAUCGUCUGUGUCCAACAGAGCCUCUAAAGUAAGGGAAUCUACUAUCAGCUAUUGUAUACAUUCAUUUUAUCAGUUUUCAAGGGAGGUUAAUUUAUCGAACCCCUUGGGAAGCGACAUAAAGUUUAGUUAAAAAACUGGAAUAAAUAACUAAAAUCCAUGUAUUAGCAUAUUAUUUGUUGAUCUAUAAAUUAUUCUAAAUAGUUUAUUCGGCCUUCUUAACUCGUAAUUUGCAAUUGUAAAGAUAAUUAAAAGGGUUAAGAUAAAAUUUACAGAAGAUUCAGAUUUUUCGCGACGGAACGCUGUUUCCUGAUAUUUGUUCCGCUCAAACAAAGAAAGCUGCUUUUUUGAGUUUUUGUUCUUUGUUUACUCAAAUUAAUCUUUGGCUUUUGAAUAACAUGAGUGUUAUGCUGUAGAAUAUAACUUAAAGUCAAUGCUAUAGGGGGUAUAAACGUAAUUUGAAUCAUGAUAAUUUUAAAUGUUACAUUUUAGUCAAUUCCAGUUGAUGACUUUUUGAGGGAAGCGUAACAUAAUUUUAUAGGUUUUAAUAUUGAAAUUAAGUUAAAUAGUGAAACGCCAUGAUAGGUAAUUGGUACAAAAUUUGAUCAGAAAAAUUGUUCUGGCAGUACUAGGUCUCUUACAACUUUAGGAUAGCAGGUAUGAACAUGCCAGACGAUUAUUAUUUGUAUUAUAUUAUUUAAAUCUGUUUUUCA